CCAUCGCUUUGGUUCUUUCUUGAUCUCUUUCCUCCAAUUCGAUCGGAGCCACCAAUCAAACUUUCCAUAACCAUAUCAUCCUUAUUAUUUAUUACUAUAUCCAUAUUUCAAUUACAAAUUUCCUUUGUUUUCUCUCUCUCUCUCUCUCUCUCUAUAUAAGUUUCAGUUUUUGGAUUUCUGCUGAUUAACACUAGGACACCCACCACAGCUAGGGAUAGCCAUGAAACCUGAUGUUGAGAACGCUACACAAAGUCCGUUACUGAAUCCUCCAAGUGAUAGGGAAAUUGGAAGGAGAGCACAAAAGGGUACCCUUGUUUCCAUUGCCUCCAUCGUUUUCCUAAUUUUGUCAUUGGUUGCACUUGCACUCAUCAUCAUAAACCAUGAACCCUUAGAAAAGGACCAGAAAAACAAUGUUAAGUCCCUGCCAUUACGUCCUAGAGGGGUUGCUGAGGGGGUUUCAGCAAAGUCAAACCCUUAUCUUUCAAACAAAGCUUCUUAUAAUUGGACAAAUGCCAUGUUAUCUUGGCAAAGAACAGCUUUCCAUUUUCAACCUCAAACCAACUGGAUGAACGAUCCUAAUGGUCCAUUGUUUUACAGUGGGUGGUACCAUAUAUUUUACCAAUACAAUCCUGAUUCAGCUGUGUGGGGCAACAUAACAUGGGGCCACGCUGUAUCGAGGGACAUGAUUCACUGGCUCUACCUUCCCAUUGCGUUGGUUCCAGACACGUGGCAUGAUAUCAACGGGGUAUGGUCAGGAUCAGCCACCCUUUUGCCAGAUGGCAAAAUCGUAAUGCUCUACACGGGUAACACGGCUCAAAACGUGCAGGUCCAAAAUCUUGCCUACCCCGCCAACCUAUCUGAUCCUCUCCUCCUUGAUUGGGUCAAAUACGCUGAUAACCCGGUCUUGGUGCCUCCACCGGGCAUUGGGCCAAAAGAUUUUCGUGACCCAACCACUGCGUGGAUUGGGCCGGAUGAGAAAUGGAGGGUCACUAUUGGGUCAAAGGUCAACAAGACGGGUCUUUCAUUGGUUUAUAGAACCAAAGAUUUCAUCCACUACGAGCUCAGUGAUCACUAUUUGCAUGCAGUCCCGGGUACGGGUAUGUGGGAGUGCGUGGACUUUUUCCCGGUUUCGGUAAAUGGGCCUAACGGUUUGGACUCAUCUGUAAAUGGGCCUGAAGUGAAACAUGUAUUGAAGGCUAGUUUGGAUGACACUAAGGUGGAUCACUAUGCAAUUGGGACCUACUUCGUUGAAAAUGAUACAUGGGUGCCCGACAACCCGCACGAGGAUGUGGGUAUCGGGUUGAAGUUGGACUAUGGGAGAUACUAUGCGUCAAAGACAUUUUAUGACCAACAGAAACAGAGAAGGGUCCUGUGGGGUUGGAUUAAUGAAUCAGAUAGUGAAACUGCUGACUUGAAAAAGGGUUGGGCAUCUCUCCAGACAAUUCCUAGAACAGUGUUGUUUGACAAGAAGACUAGAACUAAUCUGCUGCAGUGGCCAGUGGAGGAAGUAGACAGCUUAAGACUAAGCAAUUUUGAAUUUGAAGAAGUUGUGGUUAAACCUGGCUCAGUCGUGCCACUGGACAUAGGUCCAGCCACACAGUUGGACAUAUUUGCUGAAUUUGAGAUCGAAUUUUUGGCAUCCAAAGGGAUUGGCAAGGGCAAUGUAGGCUGUGGAAGUGGAGCUGUUGACAGAAGUGCUUUGGGACCAUUUGGCAUUCUGGCUAUUGCAGAUGACCAACUUUCUGAAUUAACACCAAUUUAUUUCCAUCUUUCUAGUAUUACUAGUGAUGCCUCUUUAACCACUUCCUUCUGUGUUGAUGAAACAAGGUCAUCAAUGGCACCAGAUGUUUCAAAGCUCGUUUUUGAAAGCAAAGUUCCAGUUCUCAGUGAUGAAAAAUUAUCAAUGAGGGUAUUGGUUGACCAUUCAAUCAUUGAGAGCUUUGCUCAGGGAGGGAGAACUGUGAUCUCAUCUAGAGUUUAUCCAACAGAAGCAAUAUAUGGAGCUGCAAGAUUGUUUCUGUUCAACAAUGCAACGGAUAUAAACAUCAAGGCCUCGCUCAAGAUUUGGCAAUUGAACUCUGCUUUUAUACGCCCCUUUCCCUUUGACUAGAAGUUCUCAAAGUUAUGGAUGCAAAUUUGCAUUCUAUAUUUUGGAAUCAGGUGUUACUAUUGCCCCUCCGAAGGUGAAGAAAAACAAAAAAGAACAAUGAAAGUCUUGUGGCAUCAACCAAGUAUAAAGCUGAUAUGUUUGGUUUGAGUUAUUCUACACCUAGUGGCUAGCAGGCAUACUCAUUAUUUGGGGUUUGUCAGAGUAAAAGUUUCCUGUUAUCAGUGAAAUUCCUAGAUUCAUAUUUAUCCAUUUUCUCCUAUUAUGAUAUUUCUUAUCAGCAUAUAUUUAUUCUUGAAUAUAAAGUGUAAACACUAUCACGACAAUUUUUUCUUUAAUUAGCAUUAAUUUGUUGUGCUUUA